GUGAAAGCAACACAAACUCAGUCUGACAACUCAGUCCAACACUGUGAUGUGAAAGCUCAGUGUCAGACAUGCAAAAAAAUACCCAGGAUCUUCUUGUUAGGCAAAGGGAAGUGAUCAGAUGUAGACUGAAGAAACUGAAUGGCAAGCAAAAUGAAAUCAAAUCCAAGUCCUCUGCAGUCAGAGAGAAUAUUGUGAAGAAGUAUGAAGAGAUGCGGAGAGUUCUGGAAGAGGACUGUAGAAUCACUCUAUCCCUGCUGGAGAUGGAGGAGACGGCUGCGGUUCAAGCACUAGACAACCUCAUUGAGACUAACUAUGACCUCCUCAAAGACAUUGAGGUCCAGCUCAAUGAAGGGAUGGCGGACAUACAGCCUGGUGACAGGGUCACAAUGUAUGAGGACAGGGUGCUGGAAUUGCUAACAGCAACAAACCCUGGUCUCAUAAAACUUGACGAGGCGAAAUCAGAUCAGCUACUGGGUGUCACCAACAAUUUACUACUGUUUAUUCGCUCCCAGGUCCCGAUUGCCAAGAGGCUUCUGAAGGGCUAUUCCUCAGGAGUGGUCCUGGACCCUUCCACUGCCCAUCCCAAGCUGAUUAUUUCAUCUGAAGGCGACUGUGCCACUUUCACAGAUGUAUGGCAGGAUGUCCCUGAGCAUGAGGGCCGCUUUGACACCACCCUUAACGUCUUGAGCGUCCAGUGUUGGGAUUCUGGCUACUUGGAGGUAGAUGUGAGUGGAAAGAUCUACUGGGAACUUGGUCUUACCUACCAAUCCAUCCCCAGAAAAGGCCAAAAGGAGGACUGCUGGUUGGGCCGGCAUGCUGAAUCUUGGUGUCUGGAGUACUUUGAUGGAGACUACACUGCCUGGCAUGGAGGUAUUGCUCAUUCUUUGCCCAUUUCCUCAUGCUUUCAUCGGAUUGGGAUCUUCUGCAGCUUUCCUGGAGGUCUGGUGACAUUUUUAGGAGUGGAUAGCAUGACACCGCUGUAUUCAUUCUGUGCUGGGGCUUUCACAGACUCUCUACACUUUGCUGUUUGUCCAGGACAUGAUCUUCAUGGAACAAACUUAAAACCUAUAAAGAUCUGUCAAUCCUAACCAUCUUUAAAAACCCAUUCCUAGCACUUGGAAGACCAAGUAGUUCUCCCUUGGACAGAUUUGUUUGAUU